GGAAGUACCCAGUUCAGUUGGAGAGUUAAAACUGCACCGAACAGAGCUGUCCUUUGACUUUUCUUCUACAGAAUCCAUGUUUUCACAUCCUUCCUUUGACUGUGUCCUGCUGCUGCUGUUACUACUUCCAAGGUCUUUGGAAGAGGAAUACAUAGUGGAGGUGGGUCAGAGUGCCCAUCUGCCCUGCUUCUACACUCCCACCCCCCCAGGGAACCUCGUGCCUGUAUGCUGGGGCAAGGGAGCUUGUCCUGUGUUUGGAUGUGGCACUGAGGUGCUCAGCAUCAAUGAAAGGAACAUGAUAAAUCAGGCAUCGAGCAGAUACUGGCUAAAGGGGCAUUUCCACCAAGGAGAUGUAUCCCUGACCAUAGAGAAUGUGACUUCAGCAGACAGUGGGACCUAUUGCUGUCGGAUCCAAGUCCCAGGCCCAAUGAAUGAUAAAAAAAUUGACUUGAAGUUGGUCAUCAAACCAGCCAAGGUCACCCCUGCUCCGACUCUGCAGAGACGUUUUACUACUACCUUUCCAAGGAUGCUUACCACUGCGAGAUACAACUCAGAAACCUGGACACUGGGGAUCCUCCAAGAUAAAAAUCAAACACAAAUAUCCAUAUCGGCUAAUGAGUUACAAGACCCUGUAGUGAUCAUCAGGACAGUUGCCUACAUUGGAGCAGGAGUCUCUGGGCUGGUUCUCACUCUUAUCUUUGGUGUUUUAAUUUUCAAAUGGCAUUCUCAGAGCAAAGAGAAGUUACAGAAUUCAAGGCUCGUCUCUUUGUCCAACCUUGCCCCUUCAGGGCUAGCAAAUGCAGUAGCAGAGGGGAUGCGCUCAGAAGAAAACAUCUAUACCAUUGAGGAGAACGUGUAUGAGAUGCAGGAUCCAAAUGAGUGCUACAGCUCAUCAGCGCUGGGCAGCCAUCCUGACGACCUCUAGGAGCUGUAUUUUUCACAGAAGAAGAAGCAGUGAGUAGGACACAGAUUCUGUUUCCUGGUGGAAAGAAGGCAAAGGCCUCCAGCAAUCUGUAUUGUCAGCAUCCGAUCCUUCAAGGGGAAGACAGUGGUCCCUAAACUUAAAUGUGAAAGUUGUGUGGAGUAGGCCUUGCUCAUCACUGUCUCCCCAGUGCCUCUCAUGACUCUGACAUGUAGUAGAAACUUACUAAGUAUCUCUGGAGUGAAAAAGUUAAAUAAGUACAAAGGUAGCUUUUUGGAAAGACUUUUACACUGGUGAGCUUGAAUAGAAUAAAACUCUGUACCUUCACAUGUUGGAGAACUUAUAGAUACGUCAAAUCUGCUCUUCUCCAUGCCAAAUGCCCUUUGUUGCUCAACAUCAUUUUUCUGGCUCAGGCCCUUGAGACGCUGUUACUCUUCUGUCUGUUUCUCUUUUUCUGCUGAGCCCUCCUUAGCACAUAAAGAAUUGAAUCAACAAUAUGGACCUAUCUCUGCCUGACACCUACUCUCCCCAGGUGCUGAUUCAGCUGCUACUGUGCUGCAUGCAGAAGAUGUUGGUCACCAGGGCUACAGGCAGCCUGCUUCUUUCUAGAAGUUUCGUUGUGUGAUUAUAAUGUUUGGGCUGCAUCCAGAUAGUUUUGGAAGACACUGGCUUUCUAUAUGGGGAGAUGUAAGGAAGAUUGUUGCCAAGUUAAGCCUAGGCACCAGCUCUCACACAAGCUGAAAAAUUAAUCACAAGUGUUUUAAAGACAUAAAAUUCUAGUGGGAAGGGAAUUCAGAUCAUUGGUUGGUUUUCCCCCCAAAGAAAUUUUUAUUCUAUAAAAAUCUUUAAACAAAAGUAGGUAUACAAGAAUGAUCGUUGCAAACGGUGUCUGUAAGAGACAUUUCCAUCAAUAGGGGAAUAGUUGAUUGCAUUGUGUUAUGUCAAUACACUCCCAUAAAGGAAUUAGGCAGUUUCAUCAUUAAGCUUUUCUUCUAAUUCAGCAGAUCCUUAUUAAGUGCAUACUAUGUGCCAAGUACUUUAGAGCUGAAGCCAGAG